AUGGCGCUGGGGCUGCUUAUCGCCGUGCCGUUGCUGCUGCAGGCGGCGCCCCCCGGCGCGGCGCACUACGAGAUGAUGGGCACCUGCCGCAUGAUCUGCGACCCCUACACCGCCGCACCCGGUGGGGGGCCCGCGGGAGCCAAGGCUCCGCCGCCGGGACCCAGCACUGCCGCGCUGGAAGUCAUGCAGGACCUGAGCGUCAACCCUCCGCCCCCUUUCAUCCAGGGACCCAAGGGCGACCCGGGGAGACCUGGCAAGCCGGGACCGCGGGGCCCCCCGGGAGAGCCGGGCCCACCUGGACCCCGGGGUCCCCCGGGGGAGAAGGGCGACUCGGGGCGGCCCGGGCUGCCUGGCCUGCAGCUGACGGCGGGCGCGGCAGGAGGUGUCGGGGUGGUGGGUGGCGGAACCGGGGGCGGCGGUGACUCUGAGGGCGAAGUGACUGGCGCGCUGAGCGCCGCCUUCAGCGGUCCCAAGAUCGCCUUCUAUGUGGGUCUUAAGAGCCCCCACGAAGGCUACGAGGUGCUCAAAUUCGACGACGUGGUCACCAAUCUCGGCAAUCACUACGACCCUACUACGGGCAAGUUCAGCUGCCAGGUGCGUGGCAUCUACUUCUUCACCUACCACAUCCUCAUGCGCGGCGGCGACGGCACCAGCAUGUGGGCGGACCUCUGCAAGAACGGGCAGGUCCGGGCCAGCGCCAUCGCGCAGGAUGCCGACCAGAACUACGACUAUGCGAGUAACAGCGUGGUGCUACACCUUGAUUCGGGGGACGAGGUGUAUGUGAAGCUGGACGGCGGAAAGGCGCACGGAGGCAAUAACAACAAGUACAGCACCUUCUCGGGCUUUCUUUUGUACCCGGAUUAG